AUGAUUGUACUUCAGUUCAUCGGCUCUUUCUCUGGAGGAUUCUCACGUUUGCUAAAAGCGUUCGGGAAUCCCGUCGUCUCCCAGAUCCAUGACAUAAUCUCCAGGACUGUGUGUUCUGGAGAAGUGUGUGUGUCCCGGAAAGAGGAAUCGGUCGCCACGUUCAAGGGGAACGAGUUCUUCUGCUACGAUCUGUCCAUGACCCCCAUCCAGAGCAGCACGGACGAGAUCACGCUGUCCUUCCGGACGCUCCAGCGCAACGGCCUGAUGCUCCACACCGGCAAAUCUGCGGAUUACGUCAACCUGUCUCUGAAGAGCGGCGCCGUGUGGCUCGUCAUCAACCUGGGCUCCGGAGCCUUCGAGGCCCUCGUGGAGCCGGUCAACGGGAAGUUCAACGACAACGCCUGGCACGAUGUCAAAGUCACGCGAAACCUGCGACAGCACUCAGGCAUUGGACACGCUAUGGUAAACAAACUGCAUUAUAUGGUAGAUAUCAUUCUAAUUGUCUUCUACUUUGGUUUGCCCUGGAUUUCCGUUUCCUAUUUCUAUUCUGUUUGCUUAUACUGACUACACAAAUUCCCAUUGGUAUCAAGGUAGCAAUGAAACUACAGAGAUUCACUCUUGUCUCAUUCGAUCAUCCUUUUCACUUUGUUUUGUCCAUCCUACGCCCUCCCUUCCCUUCAGGAACCAGAUCUAGAGUUAAAUAUUUUAUUCA